AUGCGGUCCCUAUGGCUCUGCUGGGCACUCUGGGCACUGUCCCUGGUUGGCCCCGGGGCAGCUCUGACUGGAGAGCAGGUCCUAAGCAGCUUACUGCAGCAGCUGCAACUUUCUCAGCCGCCGGUCUUGGACAAGGCUGAUGUGGAGGGGCUGGCCAUCCCCUCCCACGUGAGGGCCCAGUAUGUGGCUCAGCUGCAACACAGCCACGCCAGCCGCUCCCGAGGGAAGAGGUUCAGCCAGAACUUUCGAGAGGUGGCAGGCAGGUUCCUGGUGUCCGAGACCUCCACGCACUUGCUAGUGUUCGGCAUGGAGCAGCGGCUACCGCCUAACAGCGAGCUGGUGCAGGCCGUGCUGCGGCUGUUCCAGGAACCAGUCCCCAGAACUGCUCUCCGGAGGCAAAAGAGGCUGUCCCCUCACAGUGCCCGGGCUCGGGUCACCAUCGAGUGGGUACGCUUCCGCGAGGACGGCUCCAACCGCACCGCCCUUAUCGACUCUAGGCUCGUGUCCGUCUACGAGAGCGGCUGGAAGGCCUUCGACGUGACCGAGGCCGUGAACUUCUGGCAGCAGCUGAGCCGGCCGAGGCAGCCACUGCUGCUGCAGGUGUCGGUGCAGAGGGAGCACCUGGGCCCGGGGACCUGGAGCGCACACAAGUUGGUCCGGUUUGCUGCGCAAGGGGCGCCGGGCAGCGAGGGCCAGGGCGAGCCACAGCUGGAGCUGCACACGCUGGACCUCAAGGACUACGGAGCUCAAGGCAAUUGUGACCCGGAGGCGCCUGUGACUGAAGGCACCCGAUGCUGUCGCCAAGAAAUGUAUCUGGACCUGCAGGGGAUGAAGUGGGCGGAGAACUGGAUCCUCGAACCCCCAGGGUUCCUGACUUAUGAGUGUGUGGGCAGCUGCCUGCAGCUCCCAGAGUCCCUGACCAUCAAGUGGCCAUUUCUGGGGCCACGGCAGUGCAUUGCCUCAGAGAUGACUUCCCUGCCCAUGAUUGUCAGCAUUAAGGAGGGAGGCAGGACCAGACCUCAGGUGGUCAGCCUGCCCAACAUGAGGGUGCAGAAGUGUAGCUGUGCCUCUGAUGGAGCGCCCAUACCCAGGACGCUGGAGCCAUAG